UGUGGUAGCUGAUGACAGUUAAUGGCAGUUGGAGGGUAAUCUGUGGCAGUUGGUGAUAGUGGAAGUAUGUAGGACAUCUAUGGCCACUGGUGUUAGUGGCAGUUGGAAGCAACCAGUGGCAGUUGGAGGGACACAUGGUAGUUGAUGACAAUGGCAUUUAGGAGGAAGUCUGUGGCAGUGUGAGUUGUUGGGACCUGGGAAUUGCUGACAGAAUGUCAAUUGGAAAGAAAUCUGUAACAGUGCCAGCUGGAGGAACACAAGUGGCAGCUGCUGGCUGUCUGCUGGAGAGACACUUGUGGUAGCUGAAGACAGUUGGAGGAAAACAUAUGGCAACUGGUGACCGUGGAAGCUGGUGAUAGCAGAAGCUGAAGGGAAACCUGUGGCAAUUGGAGGGAAAUCUGUGGCAACUGCAUUGCUGACUUAAAAGAAGAUAGAAUGAAGGCAGGAUUUCAUGAAGUUUUCAGGCAGAAACCCAUCGUGACUCAUUAGGACAUGAAGAUCCAUGCACUGUUAAACAAUAAUGAACUACACAGGAUCUGAGUCCUAUUCUACUGCAACAAAUUUCAACAUUAAGAUCUAGCCACUCCAAGUGAACAACAAAACAGAGGAGCUGGAGGAGUGCAAGGGGGCGUUAUUAAUCAUAACACCAGAUCCCAGAGUUCAGCUCUGGAUGGAGUCACUACAACCAGCACCAGCACCACCACCGCAGCAGCAGCAGCAGGAGGAGGAUCUGAAGCUGCUGCUGCUCCAGGGACCCUCAGUCAGGGCAAAUCAGUGGUUAUCAGUACCAUGGCAACUGCCUUAUCCACCAGGAAUGGCAAAAUUGGGACCACAACGGUGCAAACUUUGAAUGGGAGUAAUGUGGUGAUGAACUCUCACCAUUCGGGAAGUGCUGCUUUCUCUGGGACUCCUGCAACUGCUAAUCCUGCUGCUGCACCUGCUGUUGCCCCUCUAGUUAACAAUGGACCUGGAUCUGUGGGGAAAGGAAAUACAGUUAAUGCUGUUUUGCCAUCAGCUUCUAACACUGUCAUCCAGACUUCUUUCCUCAGCACUGCUGUGUCCUCCGCCUCAUCCUCAUCCCCCACAGUAAUCUCUUCGCAACCGCCACCAAGCAUUGUAGGUGGGGGGCCUACUGUAGCACUGGUGAGGCCACCAAUUCACACAGCAGGACCCACGGUUGCUGCAGCUGCUGCAGCCACCCAGAAUGGGAGCAAUACUGUGAUCAAUUCAGCCAUCGGUGUGGGGAGUUUUCCUGCUGUUGCUGCAGUCACUGUGGGUUCUGGAGUUUCCCUCCAGACAUCACUUGUGAACAGCCAACCUGGUUCCAGUUUGCCGGCAGCACCCACCACACAGGUCAUCAAAUCAGAGUCUCCUAAAACUAUAGUGCAUGCAGUAUCCCAGCAGCAGACACUAGUUGCUAGUGGCCAGCCCAGUACUACAGGGGGUAACAUGAUAAUUGGGCAAACUAUGCAAGCUGGGCUCUCCAAUGUGGCCCCCAAUCCCGGUGGGAUACCUCCUGCAGCUCCUGGUACCCCUACAGGAAUGGCUAAGGGCACUGCCAGUACAGUGGCACAAAGUCUGCCAAGGACUCCAACAGCAACUACAAGUGGUAUCAGAGCAACUUUGACUCCUACAGUUUUAGCACCUCGUCUGCCUCAGGCACCUCAGAAUCCAACUAAUAUUCAGAACUUUCAGUUACCACCAGGCAUGGUCCUUGUGCGUAGCGAAAAUGGACAGUUACUGAUGAUCCCUCAACAAGCCUUGGCACAGAUGCAGGCGCAGGCACAGGCACAGGCACAUGCCCAAUCCCAGCCCCAAAAUACCAUGACUCCUCGUCCUGCAACACCUACCAGUGCACCACCAGUACAGAUAUCAACAGUGCCGGCUCCUGGAACGCCUAUAAUUGCACGGCAGGUGACACCAACUACUAUAAUCAAGCAGGUGUCUCAGGCUCAGACAACUGUACAGCCCACAACAACGUUACAGCGUGCUCCUGUAGUGCAGCCUCAGAUUGUUCUGGGUGGUACCGCACAAACAACUGCGUUAGGUACAGCGACAGCUGUACAGACUGGAACUCAGAGAACUGUUCAAGGAGCAACAGCAACCUCUACAGCUGCCACAGAAACUAUGGAGAAUGUGAAGAAAUGCAAGAAUUUUCUAUCCACGUUAAUAAAACUGGCUUCAUCUGGAAAACAGUCUUCAGAGACUACAGCUAACGUGAAAGAGCUAGUACAAAACUUGUUGGAUGGAAAAAUUGAAGCAGAAGAUUUUACCAGUAGGCUGUACCGAGAACUUAAUUCUUCACCUCAACCUUACCUUGUGCCUUUCCUGAAGAGGAGUUUACCUGCCUUGAGACAGUUAACCCCAGACUCGGCAGCUUUCAUUCAGCAAAGUCAACAGCAGCAGCCCACAACGCAAGCAACAACUGCGCUGACGGCAGUGAUGCUGAGCAGCUCAGUUCAGCGCACAGCGGGGAAGGCCACUGCCACUGUAACAAGUACUCUCCAACAGCCUGUAAUUAGUCUAACUCAGCCUACGCAAGUUGGGAUUGGCAAACAAGGGCAACCUACACCACUGGUUAUCCAACAGUCUCAAAAAGGAGGGGCAUUGAUAAGGCCUCCACAGGUAACAUUGACACAAACCCCUAUGGUAGCAUUGCGGCAACCACAUAAUCGUAUUAUGCUUACAGCUCCUCAACAAAUUCAACUGAACCAACUUCAGACAGUACCUGUGGUAAAACCAACAGUAUUAUCUGGAAACAAAGCUCUGUCCACUAUUUCACCACAAGCAGCUGCCGCUCAAAAGAAUAAACUGAAAGAACCUGGGGGAGGUUCUUUUAGGGAUGAUGAUGAUAUUAAUGAUGUUGCAUCAAUGGCUGGAGUCAACCUAUCAGAAGAGAGUGCACGGAUAUUGGCAACAAAUUCUGAGUUAGUGGGCACGUUAACAAGGUCCUGUAAAGACGAAACCUUCCUACUUCCAGCAUCUUUGCAAAGAAGGAUACUAGAAAUAGGUAAAAAACAUGGGAUAACGGAAAUCCAUCCUGACGUAGUUAGCUAUGUAUCGCAUGCAACACAACAAAGGUUACAGAAUCUUGUAGAAAAAGUAUCGGAGACUGCCCAACAGAAGAAUGUUUCUUAUAAGGACGAUGAAAGAUAUGAGCAAGCAAGUGAUGUUCGGGCACAGCUCAAGUUCUUUGAACAACUCGAUCAAAUAGAAAAACAGAGAAAAGAUGAACAAGAAAGGGAAAUUUUAAUGCGUGCAGCAAAGUCUCGGUCUAGACAAGAAGACCCAGAACAGCUAAGGUUGAAACAGAAGGCCAAGGAGAUGCAGCAACAAGAGCUAGCACAAAUGAGACAGAGGGAUGCCAACUUAACUGCAUUAGCUGCGAUUGGUCCUAGAAAGAAAAGAAAAGUGGAUUCUCCAGGAUCUGGAUCAGGGACAGAGGGGUCCAGUACAAGUACACCAGUCCCAGGCAGCUCUGGAGUUGGAACAACCAGACCGUUUACGCGACAAAGGAUAACGCGGGUGAACCUCAGGGACCUCAUAUUUUGUUUAGAAAAUGAGCGAGAGACAAGCCAUUCACUAUUGCUAUACAAAGCAUUCCUUAAGUAAAAUGGAAAAGAUCAAGGUAUUUUUGACAGAGAGACGCCUGAGGACAUUUUUUAUAUAUUUGCAGAUUACGCCUUUUUGUAACAAGCAAAUGGGAUAUUGUUUCAAAAACAACCACCUCUUUACAUGGAACAGUUUUUUAUUCUUGUUUAUAAAAAAAACAAAACCAACUCUUCAGUACAAGAGAAAUACAUUUCUUUAACAGUGAGGAUACUUACAAGGCCUGUGGAUACUAUAAAUGGACAAUUAAACUUAACUCAUCUCUUGAUUGAGUGGCCUUCUUGCCAAACAAGCCAUAUAUAAAGACUGAUGGAAUCGUUUAGCAAAUAACUAGCUACCCUUUGUCAUACCUGUAGCAGUUUCAACAUUAAUUGUGCAUUUUAGUUCAGUUUUACUUAACUAAAUUGAUUAUAUAGGUAUAUGUCUACAGCAGAUGACCUCAUUUCAUUUAGCUUUUUUUAAACAGUCAGUUAGCAAAGCAAACUGAUUUUUAAGAAUAUUUAUCUUUCCCCAAAAGGUUCAAAUUCUAGAGGGAUAUACAAUUAAUUGAAACAUAACCUCAAUUUUUAAUCACAUUGCUUAUUAGAGGCCCUGAAAUCCCAUAAAGGAGGGUUACUUCUGAAUGUUUUUAUCAGCAUCUGUAAAAAUGCAUUUUAUUUGCUAUAGUUUGUAAAGCUGUAAAGUUUGAAAAAAGAAAAAAGGAAAAAAAAAGAAAAAGAGAAAAACCUUUUCAGCAUAAAUAUAUUUUACUUGCACUGUGUUUUUAGCUAAAGUGAAAGCUUAGAUUAAAUAAAAUCAAAGUUGAGAGGAAUCAUCAAAGACUCUUUCUCAGUGUGAAUCAAGUGUUGAAAAAUGGUUGGUGUAUUUUGUCAGUAAUUGUACAUAAUUUUUGGCACAUAACAUAAAAAAUGGCUAUGUAAACUAUAAUUAUUUUGCUAAAAGACUGUAUGCAAGCUGUGGGCCUACUUUAAAGAUGUCCAGAGCAAAGUCCCUUCUUUGUACCUAUUUUUUUAUUACAAAUAUACUAAUUGGUUCUUUAUAUUUUCAGAGGUUAUUGUAUUAAAUUGUCUAUUGAUAGUACUUUUAUGACUGUAAAUACUUUGGCUUUCUUCGUGUGAACUCUCAUGUUAGAAUUUAACUCUCUUGCGUGUAAACUGAAUGCUGAUCAGUAUUUUUAUCAACACCUGACAACUGUUACACCUUUUAUUUUGUCUUUUAGGAAAUCCUGUCUUUCCAUUUUUUUUCAUGUAAAUUUUGCACAGUUACUUGUUCAUAUGUAAAUAUUUUACUUUCAAAAAUGAAGUUUUUAAUUGCUAUUGUUUUAUAUAGGAUUGAAAGAAAAUUAACUCCUUUAUUAAAAACAAAUUUAUCUGUAUUUGCUAAUGCAUUUUCACUCUCUACAUCUUUCCUCCUCUUGGAUUUAUUUUUCUUAACACAGAAAUAAGAUCCCUCUAUGGGAGGGGAUGCUACCUUCCAAUGAUGCACUUUAUUUCUUUUAAGCUUGCUUGCUUUAACCAAUAUUUUGAAGGCAUAUAACUACCCUCGCUACGAAUCCAGAAAUUUCACUGUCCGCCUAAGGCGUUCUGUGUAAAGAUCAAGGGUAGAAUAUCUGUAGCAGGGAAGUCUUGUAUAGAGACCGUGACAUUUUGUUUUGACUUAGUAUUUUAUGAAGAACUUCAUUAUGUUCACAUUGAGGGCCAGACUGCCCUCAGAUGCACAUGUGCUACGGUCAUUGACAUCAAUGAGAGGCAUGUGAAGUAUCUCAAAAGAGAACGUGGUGCU